AUGUCGCGUGUGAAUAUAUAUCUAUGUUGCGAUACCUAUGAUCCAUCAACAUUCCAACCUGAUAUUCGCCGUCCAUGUAUUGAAGGUGUUCAGGAGAAAUGCUUGGCUCUCUUCAAACAUGGAGGAUCAAUGUUCUCGCAAAACAACAAGGACAAUUUUGAAGAUUCAGUUUCCAGCUAUGGAAAGAAAUCUUAUCUAAGAACGUUGCAACUUAUCAAAGAAAAAUCAUCAUCUACCACGAUAUCUCACGGAAACAUUGAUUUUGACACUGAACACACGACGAUUCUGCAAUAUUUGAAAUCUCAAGGAUUCAAUGCUGGAAGAAUGCCACCGAAUCCAGUUGUUACGGAUGACAUGAUAAUGGAAAACUAG